UAAAGUAAAACUGUGUGAUCCCUUGAUUUUAUCUCUCUCUAUGAUAAAAGUCGCCUCUUUCGACGCAGCUUAGUCUUUCUUCUUCCUCAGAUAAAAUUCUUAUUCAACAACACAAAGACCUCAAAGAGUUUUCCCUUUCCCCAGCAAUCCUUAAGGCAAAGAUCAAAGCUUCUUUUUCUCUGUUUUUGGGUUUGGAUUGUAUUUUUUGCUAAUCCUAGUAUCAAAAUACUGUUUUGCUGAACCAAGCUAAGCUCAAGGUGUUCUUGGGAUUACAAGUUUUUUCUUGUGAACCUCAUAAGUAAGUACACAAUAGUCUUUUUAGGGGUUUGAGUGUAUUUGAAGUAGAUACUCACAUAUUUGUAUGUUUUGAUCUCAGUGGCUAUUGUUGUUAUCUCAUAAUUGUUAGUAUCUGUUGUUACCUUAAAGUUGGUUUUGGUGUUUGAGUUUUGGUUUUCCAGUUACAAAUUAUGAUCCCAAAGCUGGAGUUUCCAACGAGUUUUAUGAAUUUUGUCUUGGAAUUAUACAGGUUACUUGAGCUGCCAUAACACUGACUGAUCUUGAAACUGUCAACAACUUUAUUAUACCAAAAGAAUGGGUUGCUGCUGUUGUCUACCGAGUAUACCUGAAAACUCUAGAACUAUAGAUGAGCAUGUUCCCUUAUCUCUUGCACCGCCUUCCUCUCUCUCUAAUACAUACACUUCACCGCUUUCCCCCCCUAUUCCUUUGGCCUUCUCGAAUAGAAAUCUUCAAACUACUCCAUCGAAGUUGCCAAUAGCUCAGAGCAAUUCGAGCGGAGGUGCCCCUGGAAUCACACAGGUUGUUCCAGAGAAGGAAACAUGGCCUGUUGAUGAUAAAACAACUGAUGAUCUUGAUCUAAAGAAAAAGGAUCGAGAAACAAUCGAUGAGUGUCCGAUUUGCUUAGAAGAAUAUGAGUUUGAUAACCCGAAAUUGCUCACUAAAUGCGGCCACGAUUUUCAUCUCGCUUGCAUUCUUGAAUGGAUGGAAAGAAGCGAGGCGUGUCCCGUUUGCGACAAGGAAUUGGUACUCCCUGAAUCAUAAUCAGAGAGCAUGGACACAAGAAUUGCAAAAAACUGGUACAGAAAAUUUGAUUAAACUGGCAUAUUAGGAGUUAGCCUGGUGGUCUGAUGAACAUUUCAUUGUUGCUCUACAACAUUCAUAAGCUUUGACAACUUCUUCUUAUUGCUUUUUUUCUACUUAUCAAUCUUUUGAUUAUAUUUUCUAUAUUGUAGAAAUUAUAUUUGAUUGUUUAAAAUUCUUUGAAAAACUUAUUCACGAGUUGUUGUAUCUCAACCUGAAUUACUUCAAGGAAAAACAGAGCAGUUUGAGAAGAGCCUGUUGAUUCAGAGAUU